UAUCGAAAUAUGGCGGCUAGCUUUGGUGAAAACUACUAAGAUCUGCUAACAUUUCGACAAUUUGGCGCAGGUCUGGAGUCUCAGUGAGUGUCGUGCUGUAGUGUAUGAGUGUUGUGAAACGGUAGCAGCUGAUGAACAGCAUGGGCAAGACCGCGCUGAAGGAUCAGAAGGACAGUAAAAAGGCAGGCAGGAGUAAUUCUGUCAGUACAGUUCCUGCACCAGUUAAAGCACCUGACUCGUUCACAUGGGAAGAGUACCUGAAGGAGACGUCGGCUACUCCUGCCCCUCCCAGCUGCUUCAGACAGUCUCGCAUUCCUCCUUCGAACGACUUCAAGGCCGGAAUGAAGCUGGAGGCUCGCGACCCUCGUAACUCCACCUCAGUUUGCAUCGCCACAGUGAUGGGCAUGACGGGCAUUAGGCUCCGCCUACGCCUAGAUGGCAGCGACAACACCAACGACUUCUGGAGAUUGGUGGACUCUUCGGACAUUCAGCCGAUAGGAACCUGUGAAAAGAACGGAGACAUGCUGCAGCCUCCACUGGGAUUUAGGAUGAACGCCUCAUCAUGGCCCAUGUUCUUGUUGAGGACACUGAAUGGAGCAGAAAUGGCUCCGUCAUCAGCAUUUAAAAAGGAACCUCCGAGACCUUCUCAGAAUGGAUUUAAGCCAAGAAUGAAGCUAGAAGCAGUGGACAAGAAGAAUCCAUACCUCAUCUGCCCCGCGACCAUCGGAGAGGUCCGAGGCGAGGAGGUGUUCGUAAUGUUUGAUGGCUGGAGAGGGGCGUUUGAUUACUGGUGCCGUUAUGACUCCAGAGACAUCUUUCCUGUGGGCUGGUGCUCCGUGACCAAACACAGUCUGCAGCCACCUGGGAACAGCAUCACUCUUUCAAAGCCACUGUCCACCCACUCCUCCUCCUCGUCUUCUUCCUCUUCCUCACCGUCCAAGCAGACACGUCGCACCAUGCCGGCUUCAUAUCGCCUGCCCACUCCUUUGCCCCAGCUCCCGGUACGAAAGGGCAUAAGGGGCCGCCGGCCGAAGAGUGAGACCAUAGCUCUUCUCAAAGCACUGGCAGCGUCUACCAGCACUUCAAAUACAGAUGCUCAGAUGGAUGGCAAAUCACCUACCCCUGCGUCCCAGCUCGCGGCUAAACUCGAUAUCCAGCUUACCCCCCGCCUUCACAAGAAGAGAGGACCCAAGCCAGGCAGCAAGAGGAAGCCUAAGCUCCUCCAGAGCUCCAUGUCUGCUCCGACAGGUUCCGAUUCCAGACUGCCCCCUUCACAGGUGUCCAGGGACGGUCUUUCCUCCAUGAGCUCACCCAGUUCUGUGGUCUCUACUGUGUGUGUAUACGUGAAUAAGCACGGGAACUGCGGCCCACACCUGGACCGUAAGCAAGUGCAGCGGCUUCCCGAUCAUUUCGGGCCUGAGGCAGUGAACCUGGUUCUGCAGCAGACAGUACAAGCAUGUUUGGAUUGCGCAUAUCAGCCCAAAGUACUUCUGGGAUGCCUGCAAAAUCAGCCGGAUGGGGGCGAAGUGGUGCGAGUGCGGACGGAUGGAGGGACGCGGAUGGUAAAGCUGCCGUCGGCAUCCAGUGCAGCUUUCGUUCUACGUUUUUUAGAGAAAGUCUGUCGGCACCUGCAGUGUGAUAAUCUGUUCAGCAGCCAGCCGUUCAGCCCCUACUGCAGCUACGACAGGAGCAAGUCAGUGAAAGAGGAGAUGUCGGAGGCUCCGGCACUCAACAGAGGAGUGAAAAGAAUCUCCAGAGACUCUCCACCCUACUCUGCCCCACUCUCUCCCAAAUUACUCCACACAGAUACACACCCAUCUGAAGCUGAGACCCUGCCUCCAGAAGAGAACGGUUUAUUGAAGGAACAGCGCUUCAUGGACUCUGCCUCCAACUCUAUGACACCCCGACCACAGACCCUACGAAGUACAUCUGAAUACCAGUCUCAGCCCAGCAGUCCGUAUUACCAUGGCAGUGGCCCUCCCCUACGCCGCCAUGCUUCCAACCCCCCGACGCGCACACACAGAAGAGUAGAGGCAGCAGCGAGCUCAACUACAGGUCCGGAUGCUUCAGCAGCGGAAUGCGAAUCUCCCAGGAUACCCAGCGGCAGAAACCCUUCUUCAUGGUCCAUAGAGGAAGUAAUGCAGUUUGUGCGAGACGCAGACCCCAUGGCUCUAGCACCUCACGCUGAGCUGUUCAGGAAGCACGAGAUCGAUGGCAAAGCGCUGAUGCUGCUAAGGAGUGACAUGGUGAUGAAGUACAUGGGUCUGAAGCUCGGCCCUGCCCUUAAACUCUGCUACCACAUCGAGAGACUCAAACAGGGCAAACAAUGAAGAUGAACUGCUCACAGUGCUGGAUUGUACACACAGUACAGGAUCCGUUCCAGAGUGUAGGACUAUACUGAACACGACUUGAUUAGAUUUACAAUACUGCAGUCGAUUCUCAGUAUUGGCGUGAGCUAAACACACACAGUACCGGAUGAGCAACUGGCAGUGCUUGAUCAUACACGCAGUGCUGUGAUUGAUUUACAAUUCUAGAUGAAGCACAGGACCGUGCUGAUUUAUAGUAACGAUAAAUGAUGCAGCACUAAGCUAAACACACGGCCGCUGACGUGCGCUGCUUUUUGUCCAACCACCAAACAAAGCUGCAGGCUCGCUCAGAAGGAAUAAACUCCGGGAAAUAUACAGCCAACACACUGGCUUAAAUGAGCAGAACACGAGGAGAAAGGAUCCGUGCAGCAAUAAAUAAAAUCGUCCUGCAUACACUACCCACCACAGAGAGCAACCCUAGCAGAGGAGGAUGGGAUGCAGAAAUGGAUCGACUCUCCCUUAAUUAUAUCUGUAAAUCUUCUUCUCUUGUUUCUUUUUCACUUAUUUUAGACCAGUGUUAUCUUUGUUUCACUGAUCUUUGGUAGUGUUUUAGAAUCUAAGUAAUGACAAGGUCCUCAAACGUUUCAGUGCUGAGAGGAUUUGCAUCAAUUUUACGGACGCUUUUUUUUUUUUUAAAGAGUCGCUCCCAAAGAUUUCUGAUUGCCGGGAUCAUUGUGUCGGUGAUGCUGGAGAAUUUGGUGAUAUACUCUAACAACAAAAUCUCCCUACCUCCUUUGCAAUGCAGAUACAUCAGUUUGUCAGAAUCACUGCUGUUGAGUUUGUGAAAACCACACGGCGCUGUAAAUUGUUUUAUCUUGUUUUUUGUUGUUGUUUUUUUGUGAUAUAAUUACAUUGCUGUGUUUGUAGUUUAAAGCCUCCUGUGACAUUUAUACACUGACACCAUACCAAUCCCUAAAGAAGCUACUUAAAUCGUACCAAUCUUACACAGAGAACAAAAAUAUCAGUGGUGUAGUCCAGUCGAUCAUGGGUAUCUAGCUAACAGCAAUCACUAUUAGAACUUUCAGCAAGGUAUGUGUGUGUGUGUGUGUGUGUGUGUAGGGGGGGUCGGCUGUAAAUUUAAAAAAAUAAUGCUACUAAUAAUGAUUAGAAACUCUUAAGUUUGUAGUAGUUUGCCCAAUAAUAUUUGUAGAAUAUUGUUUCUACACUUUUCAGUUGAAUAAAUAAGGAAUACAGAAUGCCAGGCAUUAUAGAUACAUUAUCAAUAACAUGGUGACUGUCAUCACCUUUUUUAUUUUUAUCCUGGUCAAGGUUGUGGCAUUUCUGAUUCUACGGGGAAACAGGACAGGAGUACCCCAGGCAGGGCGCCAACUUAUUGCAGGGCUUUGACCAUUACCCCUUCCUCAGAUAUAGCCAAUCAUGUCUCUGUAGAUACUCAGUCAGCCGGUAGCACCUCUGUGAUUCGAACCUGGAUCUGGUGGUGAUGGGCUAGCAUAAUAGAUAUAAAAUGCUAUGCUACUCGAGUGCUCAUAAAAAUAAUUACAGGAAAAUAUUUCCCCAUAAUUACCCAGUCUGGAACAUUCUGUUUUUAUGCAUUAGCUUAAAACCCAAUACACAUUUUUCAUUGCUUACGAAUGUCAAGCCCUAUCGUUUUAAAUCCACAAAUAUUCACAUUCAGUAAUGUGUAUUAUCCUUGUUUGAUUUGUAUUAUUGCUACUAUUCCAGCUAUAAACAGUAACAUUUCUCUUAGUAGGACAUUUUUCAUACUAGAAAGUCAGAAUAAGUGAUUUACAUGCACUGUAAGGCCAAAACUGGACACCUGAGGUUGUUGAACAUCCCUCUUUAAAUCUUAUAAGCACUAAUAUAGAGUUACUUUCUUUACCUUGUGACUAUAAAAGCCUCGUUAGUACUUGGAUGGCUUUGCACAAAAUUUCAGAGUUUGUGGGAAUUUAUUGCCUGUUUAGUUUAGAUUGUGCGAUCAGGCGCUAAAGUUGGACGAGAAGGCUUGGCACACAAAUAACGUCCAAUGUUAUUGCAAAUUUGUUUAAUGGGAAUAAUUCUCACUGUACUACAACACGUCAUAAAUUGUAUCUAUGUUUAUUUCUUUUUAGUGUUGUCUUAAACAUAACAUAUACAUCUUAUUAAACUGUUACAUUAAGCUUUUUAUAAUCAUUUUCAAAAACGAAUUAAUUUCGGAAAUAAAAUGCAGCAGCAUAAACCAUGAGGUUGGUUUGUGAUGGCAAAGGCAGUCUGGGUAAUGCAGGAAGUAAUACGUUCUGGUGAAGUCAUGGUGAAUAAGCUGUUGUGAUAGAAACAAUUAAUUAUUACCCUUGAACAAGUGCAUUUAAUCUAUAGCAUAAGAUUUAACAGCACUGCAGUAUAAAAUAUAACAUAAAGUGUUUACAUAAUAUUGUAAAUGAGGGGUGGCCACAGUGAAUCAUUUUGGUCUGAAUCAUUUAGACUCGUUCAGUUUUUACAUCAGACACCCUUCCUGGUGCAACUCCGUUCUUAUUUUAUUUGGGCUUGGGACCCGCACCCAACCCCCCCUGAAUCUCCGCUGUAGUGAGCUAGUGUAAUAGAGCACUGUGCAAUUGGCAAUAUUCUAAUUAUUUAUAAUUAAAUAAAAGAAAAAUUCCAGUAGCCUUUUAAUUACAUACUGCUUAUGUUAACUCUUGCAUGAAUUUUUAUGCAACAUCUAUUUUGAUCUGAAAUUAAAUGCGUCAGUUCCUUUGUGUGUCCAAAAAAAUCUGAUCCAAUAUUUUUAAUAAGUAUCAUAUAAAAAAUGACCUGUUAAAUAACGAACCAUCUCCAGUUAGGCAACGUUGUUUACUUUUUCUUCUCUUUAAAUAGUGCGAUUAAAUACUGAAGAAACAGGUAGCAGACAAACCUAUAAUCAUUAGAAGCCAGUAUGUAUGAAUGAGUAUACAGUGUGUAUGCCCCUGUGACCUGGACUACACCACUUUUAUACUGUGAUGUAUAUUAGAUGUAUGAGUGUAAAAUACAAAAUAUAUUUCUAAUCGAGUUGAGUCUGGGUCCUCUGUGACAUAAAAAUCAGUUUUAUAAGCUCGAUCCAAGUCACAUUUCCACCUCUAGUGUUACAAGCUUCAGAGCUGCUGUUCUAAAGGAGAAAAACUCCUUUUUGUGUUUCCGUACCUGAAUUCAUUCCUUUAUUUCUGACUUAGUUUCCUUAUGUAUAGGCUUUAAAGUUUAAACCACACUGAUUAAAUCUAUGUUUUUGUUAUUUUUGUAAGGAACGGGUUAAUACAUGUUCUAUAGCAAAUUGUAUCACCAAAAUUUAUAAUCAGCAAUUCGGGAAAAAUUGAACAUUUAGCUUUUAAAUGUGUACUAAGUGGUGUAAAACUCAAAUAAAUACAACAAAAUAAAAUGUAGUAGAUACAUUAUACAGCAAGUUCUCUUUUUCAAAUAAGCUAAAUUCAGCAGUUUAACUGUGUACUAAAUGUGCAGAUAUGUGCUCCCUGUAGAAGAUGUGAUAUUCUACUUAUUUUCACUUUAAAAUGACAGACUUUGACCAGUGGUGUCCAAACGAUUGCCCAACAGUGUAUUCGCCCAGUUCUUGAUUUCUAUACUUUCCUAUAUUUUAUUUAUGAUCUAUAUGUUUUUAAAAAGUAGCUGGAGGUGAAGUGUGUGGCAACACUAUACAUAUUUCAAGAUGGGGUGAAGAGGGUAAGUGCCCUACUGUUAUGUUGAUAAUGUUUGGUUUGUAAUUGUUUAUAGGAUGUUAAUCCUCGUCAUUUGUACUGGUGAAAUCUUACUGUUCUCACAGAUUUGCAUGGAUAUUACAUACUGUAUAUCUUAUACUGUGUAGACUGAUUGUUAAGUUUCAAUACUGCCCACAUUGUCUGAUUCUUCCCAGUCACAUCACAAAGAAAACAGCAUUUUUCAGCCAAUGAACGCGUUUGUCAUGGAUGUAUCAUUGCAGUGGACAUACGGUGUCCUGCUAGGACCAGCGAGAAACAAUCCAGUCCAGACUCGUCUCUUUAAGUUGUGGAAGAAUUGGUAGUCUUUGUAGUUCAGAUGGUUCAUCAGUAUUUUAUGGGUUUCACCAUGAAAUGCAGCAGCAGGAAUGUACAUCUUUUUGUAGAAAAGAACAAUUUUACACAUAUUGUAUAUGAUCACGAAAAUGUAAAGGCGUGUGUGCAGGAGCGGGAGGGUCGGGAGGGCCGGCUGCUGCUGAAAGUACUCGCAUUGCCUUCCUGUACUUUAUACUACGCUUAUAAAUGAUGAUUUGUCCGUUCUUAAUGUCUGCAUUGAACUUGCCUUGCUUUGCUUUGGACAUUUCUCAGGUUUAUUAAGACUUCAGAUUAGGUUUUUGUAAUGUAGCAUUUCUGCAUAGUUUACAGUUUUAACUUUUGCUCUCCGUUUUUGUGCUUUUUCUUCUUUUUGUAAAUUCUUUUGCCAUACUUAACUAAUACUUACCUGCUUUAUGCUUUCUCAACGUUGGUAGAAAGCAACAGAAGCUCGAACACUUGUUCAGACGUUUAGACAUUUUUAAUCGUUACAUUUUUCAAAGUAAUGCACCCUUCACACACAUUUUAAAUGAUACAAAUAACAAUAAAUAAAUAAUUUAAAAACAUCA